CAGGAACUUACCGCAUCAGUUGACGCACAGAAACUGAUCGUGCGUUUCUACCCAACCGGAAGCCCAGGAACGCAGCACAACCUCCCGAAAUUAAUAUGGCACCGGUCAAGAUUGGAAUUAUUGGUGGAUCAGGACUGUGUGACCUGGACAUUUUGGAGGAAAAGUUUGAGAAAAGUGUGGAUACGCCUUUUGGAAAGCCUUCAGAUGUUCUGUCAGUGGGAAAGAUCAAAAAGGUUGAUUGUGUUCUCCUUGCAAGACAUGGGAGGGGACACUCCAUUAUGCCGACAAACGUCAACUACCGAGCAAACAUCUGGGCAUUAAAGAAUGAAGGUUGUACCCAUAUUAUCGCCACAACAGCUUGUGGUUCAUUGCAAGAAGAAAUCCAGCCUGGGGAUAUUGUCAUUCUUGAUCAGUUUAUUGACAGAACAACAAAAAGGCAUCAAACAUUUUAUGAUGGGAAUCCAACCAGCCCAAGAAUUUGUCACAUUUCAGUGGCGGACCCAUUCGUAAGAGAAGUGUUAAUAGACGUUGUAAAGAAGCUGGGAAUUAAGCACCAUGCAAAGGGAACCAUGGUUACAAUUGAAGGACCACGUUUCUCCUCUCGAGCUGAGAGCCUGAUGUUCCGUCAGUGGCAUGGUGAUGUCAUCAACAUGACCACAGUUCCAGAAGUUGUACUGGCUAAAGAAGCAGGCAUCAGCUAUGUUAGCAUUGCCAUGGCAACUGACUAUGACUGCUGGAAGGAAAAUGAAGAGGCGGUAUCUGUGGAAAAGGUUCUCAAAGUAAUGAAGGAGAAUGCAAACAAGGCAUUGACAAUAAUUCUCGCUGCAGUUCCACAAAUUGCAUCCAUGGAUUGGUGUGAAAACAUAAAGAAUUUGAAAGCCUCUCAAGAAGCAUCAGUUAUGUUGCCAAAGUAUUGAAACUCCAGUGGUUGAAGAUAGUCCCGCUGCUCAAGAAUAGUUGGAAAUCCUGGUGACACAUUUCACUCCAAUCUUCUUGGUUAAUGUUACAUUAAUAAAAUAUUUGGACAUCAGAACUAGAGUUCAGUUGGUAAUGGAUGGAUUAAAAACUGUUGUAAUCUUGUCACUGCAAGUGGAUUGAAAGUCAGCUAAUGUGGAUGAAAUAGAAUCAAUUUUAAUGAGCAUUGAUGGUUAAUGAAUAAUUUAUUGAAAAAAAUGUCAGAAUGGAGCCCACAUAGCGCAAUUUCUUAUGUGCUCUAAUUAUUUCCUAGUUGGAGCUGACUGGGGAGCUAACAGAAUUUUCCGAGCAGAACAUUGAGAACUGAAGAUAAAAAUCAGUUUUGAAUUUAA